AUGACUUCAGAUGCUCAACCUUUCCUAUAUGAUAUUGGAAAAAGAACUGAUUAUGUGGGCCUUGGACAUGAAGAGCAAGUGGAGCACAUCAAGGCAUAUGUUUGCAAACCGUCUUCUGUUACGGACAAAGCUGUGAUUGUGAUUCAUGACAUAUAUGGAUGGCAAUUCCCAGACAUUAGAUACAUAGCUGAUCUAGUGGCAGCUGAGGGAUAUGUAGCCAUCUGCCCAGACUUUUUUCUGGGAAAAAAACCUUGGACAUCUGCUGAUCACUGGGCUGAGUUUCGUGACUGGUUGAAAGAUCGCGAUCCCACAAAAGUAGAUAGGGAAGCUGAUGUUGUCUUGAAGUAUCUAAAGGAGCAAUGCAGUGUAAAGAAGAUCGGUGUCAUUGGGUUUUCCUGGGGUGGAAUGGCUGUACAUCACUUGAUGCUGAAAAAUCCUGAAUUAAAGACUGGGGUGUCCCUCUACGGAAUAAUCAGGGACUCUGAUGACAGAUAUAAUUUGCUGAACCCGACGUUUUUUAUUUUUGGGGAAAAAGAUCACACCAUUUCGUAUGACCAAAUCAUCUUACUGGAGAAGAAACUGAAACAGUACUGUCAAGUUGAAUAUAGAAUUAAAGUUUAUCCUGGACAAGUUCAUGGCUUUGCAGAGUUAAAGCCAGACGAUAUGAAACCUCGAGAUAAACCUUACAUUGAAGAAGCAAGAAAGGAUAUGAUGAACUGGCUGAAAACAUAUGUUUAACAGAAAUAUAAAGUCUGGUCUGUAAAACAAAAUAAA